AUGGCAGCCUCUGCCCUGAACCUGAACGGCCUUGGAGUCAUGAACAGCAGUAAUCAGUUUCACACCCAGUCAGGCUCCUCUAGCACCACCUCGCGAGGUAGAACCAGCCCAGUCGCCCGACCUGUGCUGCCGGUUCCAGAUCGGAGCACCUACUGCCAGUUACUGGGUGGGGGAGCGCUGGGUGGAGACGAGCCCCCGAACCUUUGUCUUCCCCCCAGUCAGCCCCAGCCCCACCCUCGCGCUCGUUCCCCCUCCCCGCGGAGCCCCGAGCUUCUAGGAGUCAAUGUGGGCCAGCGGGUCCGACGCCUGAGCUCGCCCGGCGGUGAGGAGAGAGGGGACGGAGAGGGGCAGGAGGAGAGGGGAGGAGGAGAGACGGGCGGGGGAGAGAGGCGAGAAGAGAGGAGACGCCAGGCACAGCUGCUGCAGAUUCACAGAGAGCUGCAGAACGUUGAGGUCAGGGGAAAAGUGGGCAUUUUUGAGGCCCACAUUUCCGGGAUUCGUGCCCAGGUGCUUAACAGUGAGCUCCAGCGCAGCCCUCGAUCUCCAAGACGAUCAACCAGCCAAACCCCUUCCCAACCCAGCCAAGGAAACACAGCCCUUAAAUGCCCAGUGACCCACCCACAAGAGAGUCAAGUUCCCUCUGUCGUCCAAAAUGGGAGAGAAAGGGAGGAAGUAAUAACAGCAGGAGAAAGGAGAGAAGGAGGAAGGGGCGAAGGCGAGAAGGACAGCAGCGCUACUAAAAUGAACACAGAGAAUAAGACACUGAUUGGUCAAAAUGGCCGCCAUUCAGAAAGAACAAUGCAAACUCCCUGUUCAGAUGGGCUGUUUGGUGUUCAGGGUUCCCCUGAGGCAUUACACUCAGAUGCAGCAACAGUCGGCGAGAAAAAAGAGGGAGAAAGACUGAGAGAAAAGGAGGGAGAAAAAGACAGAGGGGACAUAGAAAACAAACAAAUGCUGCAAGAUGAAAGAGGACGGACAGAGAGAGAGGGGAGAGAUGGGAAAGAGGAUCGGUUGUGUCCUGAGAUGCUGCUCCAGACAGAAGCAUACAGGUUGGAGGUUAACCCAGAAACCUCUGCUUUGUGUCAGGCACAAAGCAGCGAGGGCACCCCUUGUCUGCUGGACAUCCCAGAUCAAACCUCCAACCACUCUUCCUCCAUCCCUCCUUCCAUCCCUGCAGUGAUAAUAACUGACCACGGAUUGGAAAGCCAGCCUCAAACUUCUGAAGGCCUCGGCUCAGACCAGGGACUAUGCUGCACCCCCAGCCCCAGUUCUAGCCCUGUUCCGGGGCCAAACUCGUCCACGCGCUCCCUCAGGAAGCUGUCGUCCUCCUCUGCCUCCUCGGCCGGUUUCUCCUCAUCCUGGGAGGAGUCGGAGGAGGAUAUUUCCAGUGACACGGAGAAAGGGGAGCAGCUUCUCAACCCUGCACUCCUCAGUUCUCAACAGAAAGCACACAAGUCUUGGAAGAAGAUUAAGAACAUGGUCCACUGGUCUCCGUUUGUCAUGUCCUUCAAGAAGAAAUAUCCCUGGAUACAACUGGCUGGGCACGCAGGGAGCUUCAAGGCGGGAGCCAAUGGACGCAUUUUAAAAAAACACUGUGAAUGUGAGCAGCGCUGCUUGUCCCUCCUGAUGAAGGACGUGCUGCGCCCCUACGUCCCAGGUUACCAUGGAGACGUAGAGAAGGACGGCCAGAAGUACAACCAGAUGGAGGAUCUGCUGGCUGAGUUCGACUUUCCAUGUGUGAUGGACUGCAAGAUGGGAGUAAGGACUUACCUUGAGGAAGAGCUGACCAAGGCUCGCAAGAAGCCCUCUCCGAGGCCUGACAUGUAUCAGAAAAUGAUCGAGGUUGAUCCCGACGCGCCUACGUCGGAGGAAAAAGACCAGAAAGCGGUGACCAAACCCAGAUACAUGCAGUGGAGAGAGACCAUAAGCUCAACAGCAACCCUGGGAUUUAGGAUAGAGGGAGUCAAGAAGGAGGACGGGACAGUGAACAGAGAUUUUAAGAAGACAAAGACGAGAGAGCAAGUUACUGCGGCCUUUGAUGACUUUGUCAAAGGAAAUAAGGACAUACUGAGUGUUUAUCUAACCAGGCUGAACGAAAUCAGAGACACUCUGGAGAUCUCCCCGUUCUUCAAAACCCACGAGGUGAUCGGCAGCUCCUUGUUAUUCGUUCACGACAGUAAGGGACGGGCCAAAGUCUGGAUGAUUGACUUUGGGAAAACCACGCCUCUUCCUGACGGGGAGGAACUAACCCACCGAGCAUCAUGGGUGGAGGGCAACAGAGAAGAUGGCUACCUUUUUGGACUUGAUAGUUUGGUGGACAUCAUUUCAACCAUGGUGAACUCUGAGACUUGAAGUCUGAGUUGUUUUUUUUUUUUAAUCCAAGUGAACAUUUGAACUCACAACAGCCACAGCCAUUCUUUACUCAUUUCUCUGGGGGACACUUUGGACUUCCUCAAGGAUUCUUUCAGAGAGAUUUGUCCUCCUAAUGGCAACCACAUCAUUCCAUAACAAUGCAUGGCAGAGUCACUUACGGAUGCAGUCUCAUUAUUCAUAUCCAGUGAAAUUUCAAGAUCUAUUUCUUCCCCAUUCAGAGCCUUUUUGUGUUGCCCUUAACCCUUGAGGGCAGGUCUUAACAGGCCCGUUUUCACAGCAGACAUUUUAACUUGUCAUAGCAGGAGAAACGCAGGUGAAACUAAUAACAUUAGCAGUGUCUCUGUUCCAUUAAGUGUCUCAGUAAUCCUUGAGCCAGCAGGCACAAUAUCAUUAAUGUUAUUAGUUCCACCUGUGCCACUUCUCUUGUGACAUGUCAAAAUGUCUGAUGUGAAGAAAGUGUGUUUUGACAGGACAACAUUUUUAAUAAGAAUUAUCCAAUUUAAAAGCAGAAGUGUAGACUGUGUAAUCCAAACUAAAGGACAAUGCUGGGAAUAUACAAUAUUUUUCUUACUGUGAACAAAUCCCAUGAAUCUCUCAGUCCUUUUACACUUGCCCAGCCUGUCUGUGACACUUUUGGUCACAAAUUUCACAAAUAUAUAUUUGAAUUUUAUUAAAACAGCAUAAUAUUUCCCUAAAACAGCUGGACAUUUUCAACAAACGUUGCUCAAACAGUAAAUAGUCUUUGUUAGGGACUAUUUUCAGCUGUGAAUUUGGUGCUCUGUGGCAGCAGGACAGCACAUCUGGGAUCAACUUGAAAUCAGCUGAGUGCCCAUAUUCAUUGUAAUGAAGAACUAUAUCACACAAUGCAACAGUGUGGCACUUUAAUGUGUUUUUAUUAGGUUUUUGGACAACAGUGGAGCUUUAAGGGACAGAGGAAUAUGCUGUAUUAAGUCAUUGAUACACAGAUAAUUCUCAGUGGGAUCAGUUUCCUGUUGUGUUUGGUUUCUUCGAGGGAUAUGUUAACAAUAUGAAAAAUAUGAAAUAUCACUAGACUUGAAAGCCACUGUAUAUGGAAAGUGAAAGUUCUGACUUUGGUGCCCCCAGGUGGUAAUAUAAAAAAGACACCUUCAUAUAUCUUUUCAUAAAUAUGUAAUCACAAUGUCAUAAUUUGCCAUCAUAAUUUGAAAGAUGCUUCUAUUGUAUGGAUAGGGGCUUUAGAAAUGCAGAGGUUCAAAACUCCCUUUGACCUUUAACACCAAUUAGUUGGGAACCAUUAAUUUAAAAUAACUGCCUUGAUCCCAGCUCCUUUGUAUAUCUGUUAGAGUCCGAGUGAAAUAGUUUUUCUUUCUUAGCAGAGCUAAACUCCAUUUCAUUAGGUUUUUUUCUUUCUGACCACGACUUCAAGUCGACUUCAAGUCGUGGUCAGACAGAAAAAAAAACAAUCCGCACUUAAUUACAUUUACACUGUUAGAAGCUGUACAGGUGAGUGUGUUUUUACUCAUCAGAACACAAUUUUAGUUUUUUUUUUUAUAUUGGAAAAAUAAAACUAGUCUCAUAUAUUUUUCAUUUGGGUUUAACUAGUCACACUCCAAGCCAUAGGCAGAGUUUAGAUACUGUGGGUUGGUCAUUGAUGUUUUCAAUGGCAGCCAUGUUUGCUUCACAAUAAUCUGGCAAUAACUGGCAAUUAGGUGGAGCUGACUUAUACAUCUUUGAGUAGUUACAGUUUUUUAUGGGAGGCACUGUUUCAUAUGUAACAUAUUUGCAGCCAACCUGGCAUCCAUAGUGCUUCUGUGGCCAAACACUUAUUACCCUUCACUCACACUUUGUUGGGAUUGUUCACAAUGUACAGUAAGAUUUAUUAUAUUAGAUGUAGUUUUUUUUUUUUCUUUAACAUUAUUUUAGUCAAACCCUGUGGAACACUUACAGCCAUGAACAAUCUUAUUUAAGCUAUACAGUGCCUUGACAUUACAAAGCCAAGUCAGACAACUGAAAAUGUGUUUCUACUUAUUAUUGUUAUGAUGGAUUUUUCUGCUAGUCUUAACUGUUGGUUCCUGUGCUUACUCUUACAUGGGUGCAUGUUUAUUAUCCUCUUAAAGUUUGAGCUUAAUUUGUAGGUUCUUGUUUUUAUUUAUAACAUUAUAUUAUGUUGUUUUUAGUUAAUGGGAUACUGUGACAUUUUGAAUUCUGGGCUGUUAUGUUGUUUUGUCUUCAAGCAUGUGUUACAGUAUGAGUGAAAGUCAAACUAUGAGGCAGGUUGCUGACAUUGUGGACAACCUGUAUUCAAACCACUGGAUAUGGCUGUAGAACAGAUUAAUGAUGUUCUUACCCAUUUAUCUUAAUGGGGAAUGUCACUGGUUGAGCUGAUAAGUGAGAAAGAAAAUGUCUCAUAAUGUAACAGGUUCUUGAUGAACAAUAAAACCUUAACAGUAGACGUUUGCAGUGACAGUAGACAGAGA